CUGGGCACCCUUGGCAGAGGAGCGGCCGUGUGCCCGGGCAGGCGGCUGUGGCCGGCUCUGCCAUCCAGCCCCCGCCUGGGCCCGCGGCCCCCGCCUCCCGCCCGCGCCCGCCGCCUUUGUUGUGAGAUGAGAGCGGGCUGAGCGCCGGCACAGCCCUCCGAGCAUGGAGCCGCUGAGCCACCGCGGCCUGCCUCGCCUCUCCUGGAUCGACACCCUCUACAGCAACUUCAACUAUGGCGCGGACGAGUACGACGCCGAGGGCAACGAGGAGCCCAAGGCGCUGCCAGAGGGCUCGGAAACCAUGCCCUACAUCGACGAGUCGCCCACCAUGUCCCCCCAGCUCAGCGCCCGCGGCCAGGAGAGCGGGGACGGUGUCUCACCCACACCCACCGACGGCCUCAGCACAGGGGGCGAGCGAGAGGCUGGCAAAGGCCUGGAGAUGCGGAAGCUGGUGCUCUCGGGUUUCCUGGCCAGUGAGGAGAUCUACAUCAACCAGCUGGAGGCCCUCUUGUUGCCCAUGAAGCCGCUGAAGGCCACGGCCACCACGUCGCAGCCUGUCCUGACCCUGCAGCAGAUCGAGACGAUUUUCUACAAGAUCCAGGACAUCUAUGAGAUCCACAAGGAGUUCUACGACAGCCUGUGCCCAAAGGUGCAGCAGUGGGACAGCAAUGUCACCAUGGGCCACCUCUUCCAGAAGCUGGCCAGCCAGCUGGGUGUCUACAAGGCCUUUGUGGAUAACUACAAAAUCGCCCUGGAGACAGCAGAGAAGUGCAGCCAGAGCAACUACCAGUUCCAGAAGAUCUCGGAGGAGCUGAAGGUGAAGGGCCCCAAGGACUCGAAGGAGAGCCACACGUCCGUCACCAUGGAGGCUCUGCUGUACAAACCCAUCGACCGGGUGACACGGAGCACCCUCGUCCUGCACGACCUCCUCAAGCACACUCCAGCCGACCACCCUGACUACCCUCUGCUCCAGGACGCCCUCCGCAUCUCACAGAACUUCCUGUCCAGCAUCAAUGAGGACAUCGAUCCCCGGAGGACAGCGGUCACCACCCCCAAGGGCGAGACCCGGCAGCUUGUCAAGGAUGGCUUCUUGGUGGAGCUGUCGGAGGGCUCGCGGAAGCUGCGCCACGUCUUCCUCUUCACCGACGUGCUGCUCUGCGCCAAGCUGAAGAAGACAGCUGUGGGGAAGCACCAGCAGUACGACUGCAAGUGGUACGUGCCCCUGGCCGACCUGGUGUUCCCCUCGCCGGAGGAGUCGGAGCACUGCCCGCAGGUCCAUGUCAUCCCUGACCACGAGCUGGAGGACAUGAAGAUGAAGAUCUCGGCCAUCAAGAGCGAGGUGCAGAAGGAGAAAGCCAACAAAGGGCAGAGCCGGGCCAUCGAGCGCCUCAAGAAGAAGAUGUUUGAGAACGAAUUCUGGCUGCUCCUCAACUCGCCCGCCAUCCCCUUCCGCAUCCACAACCGCAACGGGAAGAGCUACCUCUUCCUGCUGUCCUCUGACUACGAGCGGUCCGAGUGGAGGGAGGCCAUCCAGAAACUGCAGAAGAAGGACCUCCAGGCCUUUGUCCUGAGCUCGGUGGAGCUCCAGGUGCUCACAGGAUCCUGCUUCAAGCUACGCACUGUCCACAACAUCCCGGUCACCAGCAACAAGGAUGAUGAUGAGUCCCCUGGGCUCUACGGGUUCCUGCACGUCAUUGUCCACUCUGCCAAGGGCUUCAAGCAGUCUGCCAACCUUUACUGCACGCUGGAGGUGGACUCCUUCGGCUACUUUGUCAGCAAAGCCAAGACCAGGGUUUUCCGGGACACCACGGAGCCGCAGUGGAACGAGGAGUUUGAGAUCGAGCUGGAGGGCUCCCAGUCCCUGCGCAUCCUCUGCUACGAGAAGUGCUACGACAAGACCAAACUCAACAAGGACAACAAUGAAAUUGUGGACAAGAUCAUGGGCAAGGGGCAGAUCCAGCUGGACCCUCAGGCUGUGCAGACGAAAAACUGGCACAUGGAUGUGAUUGAGAUGAAUGGGAUCAAGGUGGAGUUCUCCAUGAAGUUCACAAGCAGGGACAUGAGCCUGAAGAGGACCCCGUCCAAAAAGCAGACCGGUGUCUUCGGGGUCAAAAUCAGCGUCGUGACAAAGCGCGAGCGCUCCAAGGUGCCUUACAUCGUGCGCCAGUGCAUCGAGGAGGUGGAGAAGAGGGGCAUCGAGGAGGUUGGCAUCUACAGGAUCUCUGGCGUCGCCACUGACAUCCAGGCGCUGAAGGCUGUCUUUGAUGCGAAUAACAAGGAUAUCCUGGUCAUGCUGAGUGACAUGGACAUCAAUGCCAUCGCCGGCACGCUGAAGCUGUACUUCCGUGAGCUGCCUGAGCCCCUCCUCACUGACAGACUCUACCCCGCCUUCAUGGAGGGGAUUGCCCUCUCAGAUCCUGCUGCCAAGGAGAACUGCAUGAUGCACCUUCUCCGCUCUCUGCCUGACCCCAACCUCAUCACCUUCCUCUUCCUGCUGGAGCACUUGAAAAGGGUGGCUGAAAAGGAGCCUAUCAACAAAAUGUCUCUCCACAAUCUGGCCACGGUCUUUGGGCCGACACUGCUGAGACCCUCAGAGGGGGAGAGCAAGGCACACCUCACCUUGGCCUCCGACAUCUGGUCCCACGAUGUGAUGGCCCAGGUCCAGGUCCUUCUCUACUACCUGCAGCAUCCUCCCAUCUCCUUCACCGAGCUGAAACGCAACACACUUUACUUCUCCACAGACGUGUAGCCUGCAGGGAGAAGGCACCAGUUGCAAACACUCCCAGCUCCCUGCUGGGGAACAUGGACUGGAUCGCAGCCCCCAGGGAGCCCAGCCCAGGCCCAGGACGGUGCCGCCUGCAGCUCCUGUACAAUCGCGUUCCAGGGGCCCGGUCCCACCGUGCCUCUCUGUAAAGUAGUCGUGUCUUCUGUCCCUCCUUGUGUUCAAGAAUUGUUUUUAUGUAUAUUUGCUCAACGGAAGAGGUAGUGACUGACAAGGGCUGUGGACACAGGCUUCCCCCUUGGCUAGUUUUCUCCUGGACUCCUUUCUGCCCGCUCACUCCUACCAGGCACCCCUGACGCCUGCAGUGCCCCACGAGUGCCUAUUUUGCUGCCCAGCUCCCUUUGCCCCACGCCUGCAUGUGCAGCACUGGCUCGCUCAGGGCCUGGGAGCUCACGGGCCUCCCUCCCCGGUGAUGGUGACGACCAGCUCUGCUUUGACUCGCUGCCUGCGCAAUCCUUGGACCCCGUGCCUGGAUCCCGCUCUGGCCCGAGCAAACCUGGGACCACGAGGGCAGAGGGGCAGGUGCUGCUUCCUCCUCACCUCGGCUCUUCUGGGUGUUUUCAGGCCAGUCCCCUCUACAGCCCUAAUCCCGUGCUUUGCCUGUGUGUGUGUAGCAUGGUGGUUACUUCCCUCGCUGGAUCUCGCCUCAUUUUGGGAUAACCCCUCACACAAGGCUGGAGCGAGAGGUGCUGUGCUGGUCUCAACCCACAGCAGGCUGGAGGGAUGGCCAGCCAGGCAGGUCUGCUUCCUGUGCUGACCCCAUGUCUGUGCUCUGGCAUUGACGGGGUCCCAUCAGGGCACGUGGAGCCCAAAUUUCCCCAGUGUGGAAAUUUGGCAGGGCACAGGGUGCCAGCUGUUGUACACCUGUGAGGCACUCACGCCCCUGCCAGCCCAGCACUGCCAUGAGCAUUGCAUGCACCCUGUGUCAGAGCCUGCCAGGGCACCAGCAUUCCUGCUGUGCCCAUGGGAACGAGGAGGUUUUUAUUUCCCUCCUUGGCCGUCCCCACUGCACCGGGCACAUGGCAGCACAUGGAGGCAGCCAGGCUGCCAGAGGCCAGUGCUCUGGAGCAACUGGAUGGUCACCCAGCCUGGAAAGCAGCACAGAGGAGAAGGAAAGCCUUCAUGGCCUUCCCAUCCAUGGCAGAAGGAUUAGCCGUGCCCGGCCAGCUCAGGUCCGUCUCAGUGGCUCCGUUCUUGUCCCCUCCCAGGCUGAUGACCGGAGUGUCAGGCCACGUCCCAAGGCAGGAUGGCCACGUGCCUGCACUCGCUGCCAGGCGGUGCUCCGGCCACCUGAGUGCCUGGCUCCCAGGAUGUCCCCCACCCUCCCACACGCCCAGGUAGGUGUUGGUACCUGUUGGGACACAAAACCUUUCGCUCUGUGAGCCGAGUCCGUGUUCUUAUGGGAGAAGCCCCCCCCCCACCUCCCCGACUGCGUUGGCCCUGUGCUCUCCUGUGCCAAAUGGAGAUGGAUGAGAAGUGACCAAGCGUAUCCCCGACAGCGGCGUUGCCUUUCCCUCCCCACUAACGGACUGUUCCAGGUAGAGCCCGGCCCCUGAUGCACCAGGUAUGUCCUCAGCCCACCUCCCUGGGGAAGGCAGCACCUGCCAGCCCUGCACCAGCAAAGCGACAAGGAGGGGAGGUCUCUCAGUCCCCCUCCAAAGGGCUCACACUCCAGACCCUGCUCCUCUUGACUACCAGCUAAACAGAAGGGAAACAGCAUUGCAGAAAAUAACCAGGCGUCUGUCUUGGCCCUGGACCCAGCAAGGAGGCCGAGCUUUAGAUCUGACUGCACAACGGACCCCUGUGUGUCUGAUUUGUUACAUGUGUCCAAGUCUGUCCACGACACCGUCAUUCCAGAUGCAGACUCUGUACAGCCAAAUCUCCCCCCGUGCGACAGUGGCUGGAGGCCUGGUCCCCAUGACUGGCUUUUGCUUGUCCCUACAGGAAGGAAAAAGAGGGGGGGGUGGACUCUUGCAGCUACAGGUAGAAUAGAACUGUUAAUUAAUAUUUGACUUUCAAAAGUUGUUAAGGAUAUAUUUUUGUUUGUGUUCUGUUUCAAUUUCUGUAGAUUAUAAACUUUAAAUGGCUGUAAAACCAUGUGAGGAGAAAAAAAAAUGUUAAUAAAAAUGCAAAGCCCCAAUAUUUGCACAAAAGAA